AUGGCUUCCUCUUAUGGAAACAUGUAUUCUGCAGACCAAUUCAUGAACCCUGGGCCCGCCCCUCGCCCGCCAACUGACCGUCCGAAGCUUAACCUCUCGGCCAACUCUGCAGCCACAUCAUUUAGCCAAAUGAACCUGGAUUCUCCGAGCACCCCAACUCCGAAUCUGUCACUCUUCCCGAAUACAAGCAGCCCCUCCCUUGUGCGGACAAAGACGGAUCAGUCAGGACAGGGCGGGUAUGUCGUCGUCAAAGAGGGAUAUGUUCGUUGCAAAGAGGAUAAGUUCCUAGCCACAUGGAACCAGCGUUACCUGAUUCUUCGCGAAUCUCGUUUGGACUUUAUGAAGAAUGAGACGGGAAAAGUGGUCCUUUCUAUCCCUCUCGCCGCAGUCACGGGUGUCUCCCGCUCGGAGGAUACGCGAAUGGCAUUUGAAAUUGUCCGGUUAGCCAACCCCAAAGAUGCUACUUCCAAAUCAGCUUUGAUCACGAGGGAUGUACCGACGAAAAGCUUGACGUGUGAGGUCAAGACCGAUGAAGAGAUUUACGACUGGAUCGACAAGAUUUAUGAGCGCUGCCCCGGAAUGGGUGGCGUGAGCAACCCUACGAACUUUAGCCACCGUGUGCACGUCGGGUUUGACCCGCGAACAGGGGCUUUUGUUGGUCUCCCCCCGGAGUGGGAAAAGCUCUUGACUGCCUCGGCCAUUACAAAGGAGGAUUACAAGAAGAACCCGCAAGCCGUCAUCGAAGUCCUGGAAUUCUAUUCUGAUCUUAAGACCCGUGAAGAAAACCCGCAGUAUUACGGAGGCAUGGGCGCGGCUCCUGGCCAGCCAAAGUCCUAUGGUAAUAGUACUGUGGGCGGUUCAAUCGCUCCACCAAGGCCACCACCACCCGGCCCCGCCCAACGGUUGGAUAGCGGUCAAUCCUACUCGAGCCGCUCCGCCUCAUCCGGCCACUCCCAAAGCAAGUCUGGUCCUGAUAGGGCUCUAGAGCAGCAGCAACAAUUGGAGAAGAUGAAGGAGAUGGCUGAGCAGGAGCGACGACGUAUAGAAGAAGACCGCCGCCGACAGCGCGAGGAAGAGCAAAGCCGACUCGAGCAGGAGGCCUACAACAAUUCUCUCCCUAAAACCCGGGUACCACUGGCCAAACAAGAGCUUGGUGGAUAUGGUCCCACUGAACCGUCAAUGAACGAUCGUUAUAAACCCAGUCGUCCGGCGCCGCAAGCUCCUGGUGCUGGCCGUCAACAGCAAGAGCCUCUACGCCAGUUGACUGCACAGCGACCAGCACCAUCUCCCCCAACAGCGGGACAAAGACCUGGGGAUUAUUCAUCUAAUGGCACACCGCGUGCACUAGCACCCCGUCACGAUGACCCGGCGAACGCGAGAUAUGCACCUCAAGACCCACGAUCCCAGUCGGCAUCUCGUUUGCAGAACAAUGGUAAACCUCCGCAGGCACAUGGCCCUCCCCCUAGCAAACUUCCCGCUCCCGUGCAGCCAGUGAAGCCCUUGAAUAUCGCAAACAAACAGGCACCCAAGAAGACUACCCCCGAUGGCGUCCGGCAGGCUGAAGCUGCGCUGACGAAGAAGGCUGAUCCUCACAAGAGGGAGGUUCGCAUGUCCGCAAUGAGUGAGAAUGAAGUCAUGGACAGGCUGCGGUCUGUUGUGUCGAAAGAUAACCCGAACGAGUCUUACAGCAAACAGCGCAAGAUUGGUCAGGGUGCUUCUGGAUCCGUGUAUGUCGCGCGCGUGAAGGAGAACGCAACUUCUGGUGUGGCACGCGAGCUGUACCGGCAGUAUGGCCCACGCUGCCAGGUUGCUAUCAAACAAAUGGACUUGCGGAGCCAGCCGCGAAAGGAGUUGAUUGUCAACGAAAUUAUCGUGAUGAAAGACAGCCAACAUGCCAACAUAGUCAACUUCCUGGAUUCAUUCCUUCAGGAGCAGAGCAACGAGCUUUGGGUGGUUAUGGAAUUCAUGGAGGGCGGUGCACUUACUGAUGUUAUUGACAACAACCGGGUGAUUCAAGAAGAUCAAAUCGCCACAAUCUGUGCAGAGACCUGCAAGGGACUGGCGCACCUACAUAGCCAGAGUAUUAUUCACCGUGAUAUCAAGAGUGAUAAUGUGCUUCUUGACAGGGCUGGCCAUGUCAAAAUCACUGAUUUCGGAUUCUGUGCUAAGCUCACGGAGACGAAGAACAAGCGUGCUACGAUGGUUGGAACUCCAUAUUGGAUGGCUCCUGAGGUGGUCAAACAGAAGGAGUAUGGCCCCAAGGUUGAUUGUUGGUCCUUGGGUAUAAUGGCCAUCGAAAUGAUCGAGUCCGAGCCUCCGUAUCUGAACGAAGAGCCUCUCAAGGCUCUUUACUUGAUUGCCACUAAUGGCACUCCUCGACUCAAGGCACCUGAGAAGCUGAGCAAGGAACUCAAGUCUUUCCUCAGCGUUUGUUUGUGCGUCGCUGUGGACAGCCGUGCUACAGCUCAAGAGCUGCUUGAUCACGACUUCCUCAAAAUGGGCUGCAGCCUUGCUAGCCUAGCAGAAUUGCUCCGAUGGAAGAAGAACACUCAGUAA